GCCAAUCGACAUGGUGAGGGAAGCUCGGCUGAUCCUGGGCUCAUACCUCUCCCUAGAAAAGGGUGACUGGUAUUGGGUUGAAGUCCGCUGGUUGCAGAUUGCUAGCAAGCUGAAGUCGACCGCAAGAGUGUUUAAACCGGGACCUCUGCUUUGCAGUAUUUUCUCGAGAUAACGUAUCCAUUGGGAAGAAGAGUUGAUUUUUGCAAACAAGACUAUAGUUUGAGCCAUAAUGGAACAAGCAGUUGGUGAAUCAAAAGAGACACAUUCAACAAAAGACAUUUCCAAAGCCAAGAAGUGCACGGUGAUUGGAGGCUCUGGGUUCCUGGGGCAGCACAUGGUGGAGCAGUUGCUGGCACGAGGCUAUGCUGUCAAUGUAUUCGAUAUCCGCCAAGGGUUUGAUAACCCCCAGGUGCAGUUCUUUAUAGGUGAUCUCUGCAGCCAACAGGACCUGUACCCAGCUCUGAAAGGUGUAAGCACAGUUUUCCACUGUGCGUCACCCCCACCAUCCGGUAACAACAAGGAACUCUUUUAUAGAGUGAAUUUCAUUGGCACCAAGAAUGUCAUUGAAACCUGCAAAGAGGCUGGGGUUCAGAAAUUGAUUUUAACCAGCAGUGCUAGUGUCGUCUUUGAGGGUACGGACAUAAAAAAUGGAACUGAGGACCUCCCUUAUGCCAUGAAGCCCAUUGACUACUACACAGAGACCAAGAUCUUGCAGGAGAAAGCAGUACUGGAUGCCAACGACCCUGAGAAGAAUUUCUUAACCACAGCCAUUCGUCCUCACGGCAUUUUUGGCCCAAGGGACCCCCAAUUAGUCCCCAUCCUAAUUGAUGCGGCUAGAAAGGGCAAAAUGAAGUUCAUGAUUGGAAAUGGGGAGAACCUGGUGGACUUCACCUUCGUGGAGAAUGUGGUUCAUGGACAUAUCUUGGCAGCCGAGCACCUCUCCCAAGAUGUAGCUCUGGGUGGGAAGGCAUUUCACAUUACCAACGAUGAACCAAUUCCUUUCUGGACGUUCCUGUCCCGCAUUCUGACAGGCCUCAAUUAUGAGGCCCCCAAGUACCACAUCCCCUACUGGGUGGCCUACUACCUUGCUUUCCUGCUAUCUCUGCUGGUGCUGGUGGUCAGUCCUCUCAUCCAAAUCAAGCCGACUUUUACACCAAUGCGGGUGGCAUUGGCUGGCACAUUCCACUACUACAGUUGUGAGAAAGCCAAAAAGCUCAUUGGAUACCGGCCACUGGUCACCAUGGAUGACGCCGUGGAAAGGACUGUGCAGAGUUUCCACCACCUGCGGAAGAACAAAUGAUGUGCCCCAGAGCCCUCCCCAAUAAUUUUUUCCUCUCUGUUCUGAUGAGCCAAUAUCCUUAAUUGAGUUUCUUCUGAGCUAUGUGCCCCUUGCUGGUGACAAGAGCAGAUGUCUCUUCCAGGGUAGCAUUGGACUUCCUAAAGCAGGCAGAUGCAUAAUCUACUGUUUUGGUCUUUCUCUCUCCCUCCCCCUGAGUAUACCAACAUAAAGUGAAAACCACAAGACUUUGAUCGAGGUCUUAAAAACUGAAGCAAAACCAGAAUUGUUGACACAGAGUAAGACUUAGACAUACAUUUCAUAUGUUCCUAGUAGAAUAGUUAGAAGUGUUGAUGACUGUAACCCCAGCUACCAAUCCCUAAGAAUAAAUACAUUCCUGGUUCCCUGCUGUCUUGCAUGAUGUCAGGGUUUCUUUCAAAAAUGAGUGCAGUGUCUGCCUGCCUUGUUUUACCAUAAAACAUCUCUCUAUCCACAGAAACUGUUGGCAGUCUUUAGUUGUCAGUGCGAUGUGUACAUUGUGUGCUAUGUUAGUUGGUCAGCUCCUAAAAACAUGGUUGGUAAUAAGCUGGAGAGAGUGGCCUUCUUCAUCUCCAGGAUGUUUGAGUAGAAACUGUACUGAUAGUUCAUUUGUAUUUUAAUAAAUAAAGCUUGCCUGAAGAGUGAAACAGCCGCACUGGUCAGCCUUACAGACCAGGCAGUGGUGACACACACCUUUAAUCCCAGUAGUCACACUAGUU